AAUGUUGUUUUAGGUUAUAGUCCUAGAAUACAGUGUAUAUCUCAUCAAAAUAGACAUGGCAGAAAACGGAGAUGAAGAGAUGGAGAUUUCAUCUUUAUCAAGCAAAUUUAUGACACCUAUCCAACGUGCAGAAAGGUUGAAGAUUCGACAAGAAUACAGAAAACUGAUCAGUGAAGUCCAAGACAAAAAGGAAGAAUUUGUAAAACCAGAAAGUGGAGAUUUAUUGGAUCGUGUCAAAAAAGCAAACUCUCUAUUUCAAAGGGUGAAAUCAACGAGGGAGGGAGCUUUAGAUUCACGGUUUAUGGCAUUAUCAGUGUCUAUUGCGGGACAAACAACAAAUCAACUUCAAACAGAUCUUGUGGCAUUUCAACCUGAGGAAUUCAUGGAAAAAUUAGUGACCAGAAUGGAUGGGCGUUAUAUUGGUGAAGAAGAAGAUGAAGUUCAUAUCACUUCAGAAGGAUGGGAAAAUUUCGGACAAUAUUCCUCUAAAUUUUUUUCUAGCGUGAACCCUGUAUUGAAUGUUAUGUCUGGUACAUUUGAGCACAGUGCACUAAGAAGGCGACACACACAGUCUGACCCCAUAGAUAAUGAUACAGGGACUAAAACACAGCCGCAGCACCUUACACAUUUCGAGGGUGAUCGAAAAGAAGCCACACCAGAAGAAAUUGAAAGAGUGCUUGGAGUGAUUCAACAAAUGUAUGAACAAGAUCCAGUCCCAAUAGACUAUUUUGAACUUGUUGUAAAUCCAGAUUCAUUCGGUCAUACUAUUGAAAACAUGUUUCACAUGGCAUUUCUCGUCAAAGAUGGCUUUGUUCGUGUGUUUUUAAAUGAAAAUCAAAUACCAGUUGUUGAGCCAGUCAACCAAAAUGAGGAAGAUAAUACUCAAACCGAAAAAAAAUGUAAUCAAGUCAUGGUAUCAAUGUCAAUGGAUGAGUGGAGGGAAAUUAUUGAUAUUUAUGAACUAGGAGGAAGAGCUCCAUUCAUAGAACCUUCAGAGCCUAAAAGCCCUGAGAGAGCUAAUGGUCCAUCAUCAAAAAGAGUUAGAAGCUGAGUACCUCAGUGCUAAAACUUAUGACUGAGUAUGAGCUGAAAAAUGAUGUGAUAUCACAUUUGAAAUUUAAAGGCAGUUGUGAGCUUAAAAUCGCAACCCUUGUGUUCAACUAUGUUUCAUCAUCUUCUAAGUGUGUUACAUAGCAUGAGUUGGGUGAUCCUGGACUGUAGUAGUUUGCCACAUACAGUAGGACCAAGGUAAUUUGGUAUCUGAUCAUCUGAUGCUAUUUGAUCAGUAUCAAUAAGUCAUCUAGAUUGAUUUAUAUCAUAGAUUUUGAUAAGUGCUUUUAUCCUUGUGUAUGAACUAUUCAGAGAUAGAAUGUAAUACUUGGAAUAUUGUUUCAAAGAUUGUCUUUUUGAUUCAUGUAUGUUAAUGUGUAUCUGAUUUUCCUAUGAAUCGGCCGAUUUCAUGAUGAACUAUAGAGUGAGAUUUUCAUUGAUUUGUAAUGCAGAGUCCAAAUAAAAUAUGAAAUAAUUCUUAUGAUAAAUAUGAAAUUCUUAAUUCUAAACAUACCAUGAUAAAUUGUGCACUUAUCGUCUGAAUGAGUUGUCUAAUUCCAUGUGGUAUUUCUAUCAACCAAUGGGUGGACUGGAACUGAAUCAAUUGGGGCACACUUGACCUAGACGUUUUUAAUUAAUACAAAAGCAAUGAUUUCAGGUGGAUUUAUCAUCCAAUUUGACAUGAAAACUAUAAACAUUUGAUUGUCGUGUUCGAUUGGCAUACAGGCAGGCCAUGGAUAGAAGCUAUUGUUGUGCUGAAUGAAUCACUAUGUAGCCUAUAUUGUUGACAUAGUUUUUUUAUCUUUGGCUGCAACUCUAUAUCAUGCCCAAAAUAUCACACCUUUUAUACAUUGGCCUGAUUUGAGUUAUGUUUUAGUAUCUUUACUCCAAUCCUGCAUUUGAAGGGGUGAAAUGGGUUAUCUUUUCAAUAUCUUUACUGCAAGUUUGCGUUCGAAGGGAUGAAAUGGCCACUUUUUUAUUAAUAAAUUUUGGAAUCAUU